AUGUCUGUGGAUGUUCAAUCGGUGACCACUGGUAAUGAAGAGACUAACGAUGCUGAGAAAAAUGCCGACGAUGGAGAAGGAGGGAUUCAGCAACCGGAUCAGUUGCAGAAGACCUUACUGAACUUAGUAUUUCGAUCUAUGAAACGCACACAUGACAUGUUCAGUUGUGACUAUACAACUUUUCCUGAGCUAUCGGAACCAGAGUUGCUGGCGUUGGGUUUUAUUCGGUCGUUAAAGAAGAAGUGUGAGUAUGGAGCAGUUAUCAGACAUGUAGAAGAAGCUAAGAAACGACGAGAGCAGGAAAUGUUGAAGUUGCCGUCAACCAAACCAUCUGUAGCAGUUGGCUCUGUUGUGAACUCCUCCGAUGGACCUUUGGCUAUAACUGAUGGAACGGGAAAACCUACUUCGGCUGGAACAGCACAAGGGCAAGUAAUAUCUUCUUUGCCUGUCGGAUCAAGUAGUAAUCGAGCUGAGGAUAACACAACACGAUCGUUACUUCCUCUUCGAGCACCAAUGAUGGUGAAGCCUAAGUGGCAUGCGCCCUGGAAAUUGUAUAGAGUUAUAUCGGGUCACACAGGUUGGGUUCGAGCUGUAGAUGUUGAACCUCAAAAUCAGUGGUUCGCCAGCGGAGGAGGUGACCGAAUCAUAAAGAUUUGGGAUUUAGCGACAGGUAAACUUCGUCUGUCGUUGACCGGCCAUAUUAGUGCUGUUCGUGCCGUUAAAGUGUCACCUCGACAUCCUUUCUUGUUUUCUGGAGGAGAAGAUAAACAGGUUAAAUGUUGGGAUCUCGAAUAUAAUAAGGUGAUUCGUCAUUAUCACGGACAUCUAAGUGCUGUUCAGGCUCUUAGCAUCCAUCCUACUUUAGAUGUUCUCUUAACUUGUGCUAGGGAUUCAACAACCAGGGUGUGGGAUAUGCGAACGAAGGCUCAAGUACAUUGUCUAUCAGGACACACCAAUACUGUGUCAGAUGUCGUUUCUCAAGCUGCUGAGCCGCAAGUUGUGACAGCAUCUCAUGAUUCUACUGUGCGCCUUUGGGAUUUGGCCUCCGGUCGGUCUAUAUGUACUCUUACCCAUCACAAGAAGUCGGUUCGUGCUCUUGUGCUUCAUCCUAGAUUGUUUAUGUUUGCAUCUGCUUCACCUGACAACAUUAAACAGUGGAAGUUCCCGAAGGGAGAAUUUAUGCAGAAUCUUUCUGGACAUAAUUCCAUAGUAAACUCUUUGGUUUGUAAUGAAGAUGGUGUUCUUGUAUCUGGUGGUGAUAAUGGAUCCAUGUGCUUCUGGGAUUGGAGGUCGGGAUUCUGCUUCCAAAAAAUACAAACAAAAGCACAACCUGGAUCGAUUGACUCUGAAGCAGGUAUUUACGCAAUGUGUUAUGAUAAAACUGGACUGCGAUUGAUAACGGCGGAAGCCGACAAAACGGUAAAGAUGUACAGAGAAGAUGAGGAGGCGAUGGCUAAUCGCACUGUAAAAGAGGCUCAUACUGUGCGAGGUACAAAUCCUCAAUUUCUGGUUGAAAAAAUCAUUCGGCAGCGAAUCUAUGACAGUAAGUACUGGAAGGAGAACUGCUUUGCACUAAGCGCUGACCUGAUUGUGGAUCGCGCUCUUGAUUUACGAUAUAUUGGUGGGAUCUACGCAGGGAAUGUGAAACCUACACCAUUUCUCUGCCUAUCCCUGAAAAUACUGCAAAUCCAACCUGAAAAAGACAUUAUUAUCGAAUUUAUUCAACAAGAACAAAGCAAAUAUGCCAGAGCGUUAGGAGCCAUGUACCUUCGACUAACCUUCACAUCUGUGGAGAUAUAUAAAUAUCUUGAACCGUUAUUUAAUGACUAUCGUAAGCUACGGUAUAUGAACAAACAAGGAAGGUUUGAGUUGGUAUAUAUGGAUGAGUUUAUUGAUAAUCUUUUGCGGGAGGAACGAUAUUGCGAUAUCCAACUUCCACGUUUACAGAAGCGUCAAGCUCUUGAAGAGGCUGGUGAACUGGAACCGUACCGAAGCAUACUAGAUGAAGACUUGGAUGCACUGAGUGCAUCUGAUAGUGAGGACGAGAGAGAAAAGAAGGAAAGACGUAAGGAGAAGCCUCGACUGAUAUCAAGACGGCGAAGUCACAGCAGGGAUCGUUCGAGGGAACGCGAUAGGGGUAGAGACAAGGGGAAAGAGAGGGAUAGAGAAGAGAAGAAACGAGAACGAUCCAGGGAAAGGGAGCGGGAGAAGGAUCGUGAUAGGGAGAGAGACAGGCACAACGUCAGAGAUCGCUACGACAAGGAUCGAGACCGCCGUCGGGACAGAUCCAGAGAUCGUGAUCGAGACAGGGAUCGUGACAGAAGAGUCGACGUAACUGGUAGCACAGUGCUAGCCAUGGAUGUUUUGUUUCUUGAUGCACUCGUUCGUUUUCCUGACAUGGCUUACCUGCUAGAGUGA